AUGUGUAAUGUCAAAAUCAUAUGAUUUUUGAUCCAAUUUUCUGCAAUUUUCUCUGGGCGAUCCUGAUCCUGGUCCUGGAGUUAUUUGAACAUUGAUAAGUUUAUUUGAAAAUGAUAGAAUAUCAACAAAUUUAAAGUAUCAAGAUUAUGGGCGAGGAGGAAAUCACACCAAAUAAUAUCAAAGAAAAUCAGAGUGAGAAUAUGAAUGGGAAUAUAAAUGGUCAAGAGGAAAAUCCACCUCCAGAAGAAAUGGAUACAAAUGGGGAAAAUGAUGUAAAUGAAGAUGAUCUGGAUGAAGACAAUGAUGACAUGUCGCCUGAAGAGUUUGCUGCACUUGAUCACCAGUUAGAUGCCUUAAAUUCUGCUUUAGAUGACAUAGAACAGAAAAAUGAUAAUAUACAUUCGCAGUUACUAGAACUACUCCAUGCUAACAGGGAAAUCCGGACUCAAUUACAGCAAGAUAAAGCUAGCACAGAUAACAGAGAAGACGUAAAUAAAACAAAUGAACCAAAAGCAUGAAAUGUAGCAUUCCGGUAAUUAUCUGACAUUAGAUAUUAUUCAUUUGAUGCAUUUUGUUGUCUUUUCAGUAUAUUCUAGUGAAGAGGAAAACCAGUAUUAAAAAAAUUUUCAAUUAUUUUAACUAUCAGUUAUAAAAAUAGGCUAUAUUGUUGAUUUACUACAUUUUGUCUUACCUUUAUGAUGAUACAUAGAUUAGUCAUCAGCUAAUAUAUUUUUGUUUCAAUUUUUUUUUUUCAAUUUUUUUAAUGUUUGACAUUGUUGGGGUGGAUUUUCCCUAUUCCCCCUCCCCUAGAUCCACCACUGAUUAGUACUAUGUGCAAACUAGUACACUUCUAAAGUAACUUAAUUUUCCUUAAAUAAAUAUUUAAAACAUGACUAUAAUUAUUAUAAACUUACAUAGUAUCAUUAAAAUUCAAAACUUGUUUAUCAAAUAAAGCAAUAUGUACCUAUACUGUGUUUCAAACGUUAAAAGUAGUAUGGUUGUAUAUUGCAAGCGGGUUUGCCAUUCUAUAAAUUAUCAUAAAUAAUCCUCUACAAGUACCUGCCUAAUACUACCUUUCACGGACGCUGCCAUAAAGAGUGGCACCGUCGUCAAGAAAAUUCUCAUUUAGUUUGCAUGGCCCCAUCCUUUAAAUACUGCAUCGCAUGUCUGAAAUGCUGUAGGUACUGUAUAGGUAUAAGAUUCCGUUAAGAGCCAUAGGUGUUUUAUUGCAUAUUUUUUUUAUUCUGGUAAUUUUUAACCUUUUGUCACUGUAUUGAGCAAUUUUUCAAUAUAGUAUAAAAAAUAAUUUUUGAUAAAAUCGAACUUUAAAGUUACAACUUAAAAAAACUGUUAUAAUACUAAUAGUCUAUAUUUUUUCAUAAUUAUUGGAUGCCAGAUGAUUACCAAAUAUAUUAAGUGAUUUAAAUGUUUUCUAAAAACACCAGUAUUGUUUGGUUUGUAUAGAAUAUUUUUAGUUAAAAUAGAAAUAAUAUCUAAUAUAUAUUUGUAGUUGAUUCUAUCUGUAAAUAAAGAGAUUUGAUCCUUU